GCAAUGGGUACUGGUGCUCGAAGUCCCGUCCUCCCACGUUCCCAUUGAGCAUGUUUAGGGAUCAGAUCUGUUUUAUUUUUUUACAUAAAAGUUGUUUGAUUUAGUUUAUUAUUAUUAUUUGAUAGUUUGUUAGUUGUUUUGGUGUUUUGUUCCUUUUUUGGGAAUAUUGUUUGCAUCCCGCACAGUAGGUGGCAGAAUGCAAAUUAAAUUGUGCGAUCGCUAAUAUAACAGAAGAACUACAAUAACUACACGGAUCUGACUGCUAAGCUACCAGGCUGAGGACAUUUUGCUGGGUGUUGGCUUCUAAGUCUGUAGGUGUGACCCACUGCCUCUAAAAUGAGUCUCUCUGGGGAGAGAGAGGAGGAGACCGCUGCCUCUAAAAUGAGCCUCCCUCAAGACAUCAUUUCUGAGAGUGUCCAGCAUCACCGAGCAGAGUCACCUACACCCAGCCUGUUAUCAAUGAGGAGUGACCACUCAAUGUUUCUUCCACCUACUUUCAACCAGGAAACACAAACCGCUGACAAAGGUGUCCAGCAUCACCGAGCAGAGUCACCUACACCCAGCCUGUUAUCAAUGAGGAGUGACCACUCAAUGUUUCUUCCACCUACUUUCAACCAGGAAACACAAACCGCUGACAAAGGUGUCCAGCAUCACCGAGCAGAGUCACCUACACCCAGCCUGUUAUCAAUGAGGAGUGACCACUCAAUGUUUCUUCCACCUACUUUCAACCAGGAAACACAAACCGCUGACAAAGGUGGGCUAACAAUAGACCUGUGUGCCCUGUGUGAAAGAGGGCCAAAGGAUCAAGUAUCCAUUCCCUGUGGACACAGUUACUGCAAGCAGUGCAUAAAUGUCUUGGUCUCACAAAAACCUCUCCAACAUCAACACUCCGAGUCAAGUCACCACUACGCUGGACCUGGAGAUGUGGCCUGUGAUCUCUGCACUGAGAAAAAGCUCAAAGCUGUGAGGUCCUGUCUGAUCUGCACUGCCUCCUAUUGUGAGAGCCACAUAAGGCAGCAUUACAUAGUAGCAGCACUGCGAAAACACACCCUGGUGGAGGUGACAGGAAACCUGGAGCAGAAACUCUGCCAGCUGCACCACAAAGCUCUGAAAGUCUUCUGUAAGACCGACCAGAUACUCGUCUGUAAUGUAUGUGCCGUGGAGGACCACAGAGGCCACAGAAAAUGCUACAUAGAGAACCCCAUGUUGUUGGACACUUCAUCUCUACUUGGUCAGUCACUGAAAAACAUGAGUGAUUUGAAUCUCUUCAAAAAUCAUCUGAUCCAUUGUUACCCAGAGUGCUUUGAGACCCAGCUGGACAAUGAAGAUGUCCGAGAUUUGGUUGAGAAGAUGCUGGAGAGUUUUGGAACAGAGGGUGCCUUGAAGAUCACACUGAACUUUCUAGACAUAAGAAAUAAAACUCUUUGGAAAGCCAGAGAAAUUAAAACUAAACUGGGGCAGAAGUUUCAACAAAUAUUUCAAGGAAUUGGACACCAUGGAAAGCAAACUCUCUUAAAUGAUAUAUACACAGAGCUCUACAUCACAGAAGGUGGAAGUGGAGAGGUCAAUAAUGAACAUGAGGUGAGACAUAUCGAGGCGGUUUCUAAGGAACAAACCACACAAAAGACCGCAAUCAAAUGCAACAACAUCUUCAAAAGGUUACCUGGACAAAGAAAACCUAUCAGGACUGUGCUGACCAAAGGAAUCGCUGGCAUUGGAAAAACAGUUUCUGUGCAGAAGUUCAUCCUUGACUGGGCAGAGGGAAAAGCAAAUCAAGAUAUUCAUUUCAUAUUUCCUCUUCCUUUCCGUGAUCUUAACCUGAAAAAGGGUCAAUAUAGUCUGAUGCAACUUCUGCAAUACUACUGCCCAGAUCUAAAAGAUAUUGACAGCAUUCAGUGUGGUGAAAUCAAAACUCUUUUCAUUUUUGACGGUCUGGAUGAGUGUCGACAUCCUCUAAAUUUCCAGAACAAUGAGGACCUGUAUGACAUCACAGAGCCAACCUCAGUGGAUGUGCUGCUGACAAACCUCAUCAAAGGGAAUCUGCUUCCCUCUUCUCAUCUCUGGAUAACCACACGACCAGCAGCAGCCAAUCAGAUACCCUUUGAGUGUGUUCACCAGGUGACCGAAGUAAAAGGUUUCAGUGACCCGCAGAAGGAGGAGUACUUCAGGAAGAUAAUCGGUGAUGAGGACCUGGCCGGCAGAAUCAUCACACAGAUGAAGACAUCAAAAAGCCUCUACAUCAUGUGCCACAUGCCAGUCUUCUGUUGGAUAUCAGCCACUGUCCUUGAAACAAUGCUAAAAGAAACAAAGAAUGUCGAAGUCCCCAAAUCUCUGACACAGAUGAACACCCACUUCCUGCUCAUCCAAACCAGUGUGAAAAACAAAAAGUACAACAAAGCCACAGAGAAAAACCCUAAGAAACUGUCUCAGUCAGACAAAGGCAUGAUCCUGAAACUAGGAAAGCUGGCUUUCCAACAGUUGCAGAAGGGUAACCUUAUCUUCUAUGAGGAAGACCUGACAGAGUGUGGCGUCGAUGUCACAGAGGCAUCAGAGUACUCAGCCUUGUGUACAGAAAUGUUUAAAGACAAAUGUGGGCUAUACGAAGACAAGGUCUUCAGCUUUGUGCAUCUGAGCAUUCAAGAGUUUCUGGCAGCAGUAUAUGCUUUAGAGUCAUGGCUGGGGAAGUCUGAAAAUGUGUUUGAUGAAUCAUUCAAGUGUGACAAGUUGUCUGACUUACACAUGAGUGCAGUGGACAAAGCCUUGCAGAGUAAGAAUGGACACCUGGACCUGUUCCUUCGAUUUCUUCUGGGCCUCUCACUGGAGUCCAAUCAGAAUCUCUUAAAAGGCCUUCUGACAAGGAGAGGAGGUCAAACACCGAGCAUUGAGGAAACAUUCAAGUACCUUUCAGACAAGAUUAAGAUGGAAUCCUCACCAGAAAGGAUCAUCAACUUGUUCCACUGUCUGAAUGAACUUGGGGAUAACUCUGUAGUUGAAGAGAUCCAGACCUCCCUGCGAUCAGGAACUCUUUCAGAAACAAAGCUACAACCUCACCAAUGUUCAGCCUUGGCCUUUGUGUUACUGAUGUCAGAGGGGGUGCUGGAUGAGUUUGACCUGAAGACAUAUAACACAUCAGUGGAAGGUCGUCUGAGGUUGCUGCCGGUAGUGAAAACCUGCAAGAAAGCAUCACUGGCUGGCUGUGACCUCACAUAUCCAUCCUGUUGGACUUUGGCCUCAGCCCUGCGGACACCAAACUGCCCCCUGACAGAGCUAGACCUCAGCUACAAUGACCUGGGAGACAGAGGAGUGAAGCUGCUAUUCAGUCCACUCCACAACAUACAGACACUUAUUCUAGGUCCAUGUGGUCUGACAAAGGGUUGCUGUUCAUAUCUGGCCUCAGUCUUGAGUGCACCCAACUCACAACUGAAACAACUGGAGCUGAGAUACAACAACCUGCAGGACUCGGGAGUUACACUGCUGUGUGCUGGACUGAAGGAUCCAAACUGCAAACUGCAGACACUAGGCCUAAGUCAGUGUGGUCUGACAGAGGGUUGCUGUUCAGAUCUGGCCUCAGUCCUGAGUGCACCCAACUCACAACUGAAACAACUGGAGCUGAGAGACAACGACCUGCAGGACUCAGGAGUUACACUGCUUUCUGACGGUCUGGUGGAUCCAAACUGUAAACUACAGAAACUAGGCCUAAGUCAGUGUGGUCUGACAGAGGGUUGCUGUUCAUAUCUGGCCUCAGUCCUGAGUGCACCCAACUCACAACUGAAACAACUGGAGCUGAGAGACAACGACCUGCAGGACUCAGGAGUUACACUGCUUUCUGAUAGCCUGGCGGAUCCAAACUGUGGACUUCAGACACUAGGACUGUCUGGCUGUGAAGUCACAGGGGAGGGCUGUGCUGCUCUGGCUUCUGCUCUGAGGUCAAACCCCUCCCACCUGAGAGAGCUGGACCUGAGCUACAAUCACCCAGGAGACUCUGCAGGGGGACUGCUUUCAGCUGGUAAAGGGGAUCCCACAUGCAAACUGACGAAGCUGAAUGUGAAUCACGGUGCAGAGUGCAGGCUGGUAUCCGGGCUGAGAAAAUAUGCCUGUCAGCUCUCCAUGGACCCAAACACAGCAAACGCACACCUGUUACUCUCUGAGGAGAACAGGAAGGUGACACGGGUGGACAAGGAGCAGCAUUACGAAGACCAUCCAGACAGAUUUAAAUGGCAUCCCCAAGUUCUCUGCAGAGAAGGCCUAUCUGGAUCUCGAUAUUACUGGGAGGUGAUGUGGGAUUGUGGAGAGCCUGACAUUGGAGUGACUUAUAAAGGAAUGAGUCGGAUGGGAUGGGGGUCUGACAGUUGGAUUGGACAAAAUACCAAGUCCUGGAGUUUGAACUGCGCUGGUGAAGGUUACUAUUACUUUUACAAUGCGGGAGGCAAUAUCACAUUCUUCCGUGGUCCUGUUUUGCACAGAGUUGGUGUGUAUCUUGACUGGCCAGCUGGUACUUUGUCCUUCUAUAGUGUGUCCUUUGGUAAACAGAAACACCUUCACACAUUCUACACCACAUUCACUGAACCCCUCUAUCCUGGGUUUUGGAUAUACCCACACUCUUCCUUGUCUACAUAAGUAGGGGUGCUGCAGCUGUCCCUGAAAAAUGUCAAUAAUUUUACAAAAAUGUACAGUGUAUAAAUACAAAUGUUUUCCCCUAAAUUAUAUUACUCCUGUCUGAACAGACCAACAGACUCAUUAAAAAUACUAAACCAGAGAGCAAAAAUUAGAGAAUUAAUAGCAUCUAGAGCUGGAUUUUAUCAUAAACACUUCCAGUCAGGAAGGCUGCAGCACAUGCAGCAAAUGUAGAACAGCUUGUUAUGGGGCGGCAGGUAGCCUAGUGGUCAGAGCGUUGGGCCAGUAACCGAAAUGUUACUAGAUCAAAUCCCUGAGCUGACAAGGUAAAAAUCUGUCCUUCUGCCCCUGAACAAGGCAGUUAACCCACUGUUCCUAGGUGGUCAAUUGUAAAUAAGAAUUUGUUCUUAACUGACUUGUGUUAGAAUUGCGUCAAUUCGAAUCUGGUAUCAGGAUAAAUAUGACAAUGAGUCACCGAUUGUAUACUAUGUAUUUUUUAUUAGCUAAGCAAUAAGUGGUAAAUGCAAUUUUCGUAUAUACGGGCUCAGUCCCACCUCGCAGGGCAAAACAGAGAACUGACAAGACGUAUGUAAAACAGUAUUCUUUAUACUGUGAUAGACAGUUCCAACCCGUCUGUUGGCCUAUCACAGUAGAGACUGGGCGUGGUUUAAACUUGUCCAGACUAUUGCAGGUGCUCAGGCGGGUCCCCGCCUCUUGGCGCUUCUGUUGAUAGAUGUAACUUGCUUGUGAAGAACAUCCAGGUUCUCAUGCUUCAUACCGUUAUCUCGCACCUGGCUCCUGUUAUCUAACAAAAGACCGCUUGUUCGCGCAACACCCCUCUCUGAAUGUGCCCCCCUCCCAACUCAUUGAACAGUUCCUGUCUUCAUGCUUCUCUGUAUUUUUCCAUCAUGAGAAAGUCCCAUGGCCCUGAUACUUUUAACCAUGUUUCAAGUCAGCUAUGUUGCAUAACACAUACAUACAUCCACACAAGCCAACAGCAGAUCAUAUUCAAUCAUAUAUAUGGUAAUGGGCUAUAGUGCAUAACACAGAAACCUCAUAAUUGCCUAGUUAAAUAAAGGUCAUAAAAAAAGGACGUUGUGGUCAUGUUGUCAAUGGGAACUGCCAUCUAUGGAUUGUAAUUCUAUGGUUGGUUGCGGCUGUCAGUUUGCCUUAAACACAUUUUUAAAUACAAUAGCGACAAAAAAAUAUAGAAGACUAAUCUGUAGAAGCUACAAAACAGCUUUUGAGCUAUUUCUGAAGGAACAGCAAUGUUUUUCAAAGUAGCUUAUCUUGAGAUAAGCUAUCGGGGGUCGCCUGACUAUAAAAUUGCACUUUGUUCAUAGAACCGGGGUUACCUGAGUAACCUCCUGUAGUCACAAAAUAUGUUAUUUAUUUUUUUGUUCCUAAAUGUGGAUCUAACUUAACGGUUUAAGCUACAAAACAUUAUGACCCCAUCACUGAAAGCUAAUACUCUCAGGCACACAUAUACACACACAAAGGUAUGUGGACACCCCUACAAAUUUUGUGAUUUGGCUAUUUUAGCCACACCCGUUGCUGACAGGUGUAUACAAUCAUGCACAGCCAUACAAUCUUCAUAGACAAACAUUGGCAGUAGAAUGGCCUUACUGAAGAGCUCAGUGACUUUCAACGUGGCACCGUCUUAGGAUGCCAAACGAGUCAGUUCGUCAAAUUUCUGCACUGCUUGAGUUGUCCAGGUCAGCUGUAAGUGCUGUUAUUUUGAAGGCGAAAUGUCGAGGAGCAACAAUGGCGCAGGCAUAAGGUGGUAGGCCACACAAGCUCACAGAAUAGGACCGCUGAGUGAUGAAGUGCCUAGCUCGUAAAAAUUGUCUGUCCUCGGUUGCAGCACUCACUACCAAGAUCCAAACUGCCUCUGGAAGCAAUGUCAUCACAAGAACUGUUCGUUGGGAACUUCAUGGAAUGGGUUCCAUUGCCGAACAGCCACGCACACAAGCCUAAGAUCACCAUGCGCAAUGCCAAGCAUCGGCUGGUGUGCUGUAAAGCUCGCGGCCUUUGGACUCUGGAUCAGUGGAAAUGCCUUCUCUGGAGUGAUAAAUCACACUUCACAAUCUGGCAGUCCGAUGGAUGAAUCUGGGUUUGGCGGAUGCCAGGAGAACGCUACCUGCCCUAAUGCAUAGUACCAACUGUACAGUUUGGUGGAGGAGGAAUAAUGGUCUGGAGCUGUUUUUCAUGGUUUGGGCUGGACAGUCCCAUAGCAAUACAUUGUCAUUAUGGGGUAGUGUGUGUAGAUUCAUUCAUUUCAUCCAUUUUAGAAUAAGGCUGUAUAGUAACAAAGUGGGAAAAGUGAAGGGGUCUGAAUACUUUCCGAAUGCACCAGGGUGGCUACUUUGAAGAAUCUCAAAUAUAAAAUAUAUUUGGAUUUGUUGAAACUUUUUUGGUUACUACAUGAUUCCAUGUGUGUUAUUUCAUAGUCUUCACUAUUAUUCUACAAUGUAAAAAAAUAAAGAAAAACCUUGAGUAGGUGUUCUAAAGCUUUUAACCGGUUGUGUGUGUGUGUAUGUUUGGAAAUAUAUAUAUAAAUUGCAUGUCUGUGCAUGAUUGUAUACACCUGUCAGCAACGGGUGUGGCUAAAAUAGCCAAAUUACAAAAUUUGUAGGGGUGUCCACA